AUGGUUGUUGGUAGCAACAUAGACGAUCAUCUCAUUGUGAGUUUCAAGGAGAUGAUAAUCAAUUUUGUCUUGAUGGUGUCAAGCAUAUUGCUAGCAGAGGUGAUAGGGUUCAUAAAGGCUCUGAGAGAGGAAUUGGAAGAUGCCACCAUUAGUGUUUCUCACCUCACAGGCUGUGCAGCUUUAACAUGGAAGCUCAACGAUGAUGACUUUGGCCAAAUGCUCGUUGCGAUCCUUAGAGAGAAUGUCAUCUCCAAAGAAGGUGUUACUUUCGAUGUUGGAGAGGGCACCAUGCUAGCUUUUGUUACUUUACACUUUUAUGGCAAGUGCGAGUUUAUGUUCUAUCAUAACCCUACUGUUGAUAUGCUUCUUAAGCCAACUGAGAUGCAUCUGGAUCUCAUCUAUAGGGAAAAAGAUUUCCUUUAUGGAUAUCCGAGGCAAAGGAACAAAUUUUGUGCAUCUAGGACUCGGAUGGUGUCAUUAAAGUUAUUGAUGUUAAGAUUGACUUUAACAAAUACGGAUUCGGUAGAAGAUGAGGUGGCUUUGUUGCUGUGGUGGCCAAGCCUGAAGGUUCUGGUUGUUACUUUUGGCAAUAAGGAAUGUAAGCAUUACACCAAGGAUUUACGAGGGGUUGUUGAUUGCUUUAGUGUUAGCAAAGUUGAAUACAUGUGGAGCUGUUGA